AUGCAUUUCAAGCUGGAGGAACCGCCUAAGCUGGUGCUUUCUGGCACUCCACGAGAAAUUGGCUUCGGCCAUGGCCAACACCUCCAGCCUCAAAUCAACAGCCAGAUCUCCAUCUACAGCGAGAUGUUCCGCGUCAACUGCAACAUGUCCUGGGAUGCAGUCCGUCGCGAGGCGGAGCAAUUCCGCGCCACCAUAGAGCGAGCCACGCCUCAUCUCCAUGAGGAAAUGCAGGGUAUUGCAGACGGUGCAGGUGUUGAGCUUCUUGACAUCGUGGCCUUGAACUGUCGGAGCGAGAUCACAUUCGGCAAGUUCACGGACGGAUGUACGAGUCUCUCGUGGAAGAGAAGCGAGAAUGCCCGGAUUCUAGCCCAAAACUGGGACUUUACACCGCUGGUACAAAAGAACCUUGCAUUCAUGGAGAUCGAACAAGCCGGGAAACCCACCAUUUACAUGGUCGCCGAGGCCGGAAUCGUGGGCAAAAUCGGCUUCAACAGCGCGUGUGUCGGUACCUGUCUCAACGCCAUCCGCGCGCAUCCUUGCAUCAGCUUGAAACUGCCCAUCCAUGUUGCUCUUCGGCUAUGUCUGGAGAGCAGGUCAGUUGCCGAGGCGGUGCGGAAACUAGAGUCCCUGGGUGGGGUGGGAUCGAGCCAGCAUAUUUUGAUUGCGGACAGUACGAGCUCGCUGGGCCUGGAGCUCUCACCUUUGGGGAAUGUGUAUCUCCAACCGGAUGAAUAUGGUAUGGUGACACACACCAACCACUUCCUGGAAAAUCGGUUCGUUUAUGAGCCGCCGUGGUUGUCGGGGUCGCCUGUUCGUCUGGUCCGUGCUCGCCAGUUGUCUCGCGAAUUGAUUGACAGUGAAAUGUUGGAAGAAGACUGCAUUAUACCUCGGGUGCUUAGAGAAAGGGUCUUCUCGGAUAUGUACAAUGCCCCGCAGUCGGUCUGCGCCCAGGAGGAUAUGACGCGCCAGCAGAUCGCACGGGUUUGUACGCUGUUCAACAUUGUCAUGCGGUUGGAUCCAACGAACCUGGGGGCGGAGGUGGUGGUGGGUCAGCCGGGGUCGGGGGAGGAAACGACGGUGGUGAAGAUGCCGUGGCAUUGA